AUGACGAAGAGUGUCCUGAUUCUGUGCGGUGAUUACAUGGAGGACUACGAGGUAUACCGUCGCUGUCGAAUUCCGAUUCCUAUUUCGUGCUUCCGUGUUUCUGAUCUGCCGUGUCUCUGAGUCCUUCUGCCAUUCUGGAAUCUCCCUCUAUUGCGUCAUGUUUACAGGCUUGCUUCGCGGCGAUAAUGUUUUGAAAAAAUCUGUUUGCAGGUUAUGGUGCCGUUCCAAGCGUUGUUGGCUUUCGGAAUCAACGUGGAUACAGUUUGUCCCGGGAAGAAGGCUGGUGACAUCUGCCGCACGGCCGUCCAUCAAUUUUCCGGUCACCAGGUAUAACCGCAAUAUAUUCAACUCUCCGGAUGAGGUUCUACGCUUUCGUAAAAGGCUGGAUAACGAACGCCCGUGUCACUGGUAUUUGCUGGUUAAACAAAAUGUAAUGAUAGCAAGUUCUAUCUAGUGUUUUUAGUGAUUUGCAUUAUCCGGUGGUCGAAAAAAAAAUACUUUAAAAUUUGCCUUCUAUGGAAAUGAAAUGGAGAAGGGGUUUAUCUUGAGUGUUAUGCUCUGGCAUUCAACUGAGAUUUCUAUCGACGUAUCACAUAGGCAUGUUUUUUAGAAUACUAUAAUUCUUCUCAGAUUGACGAGAACCAAUGGCAUUUGGAAUCUGGAUACGAGCGUCAGGAUUAUGCUUGAUACAGUACUAUAAACACAUUCAGACGUUGUUCGCAGAAAAUAUUUAGAAAUAUGGCAGAAGACACGGGAAGGAUGUACAGUUCUUACAACACAUACGUCUCUACUCAUCUAUAAACCAAAAUAAAACUAAAGUUAUUCCUAAGAUUGAUGCUGUGGUUGCCCGUUGACUUCGGAAGAAGUUUCAGAUUCUGUGCUUGUCUGACAUGCUAGAUUAAGAAAAAAAAGUUUUUAUCACAUUUGGCCCAUUUUUUUGUUCCAGUUUAUCUUGUAAAAGCAUAAACGACAAACUGUAAUCUGAUUACUGUUGUUGCUAGUUCUAUGGACAUGGUGUUCUCUGAUAUACUGCCAGGUUAGAAACCUCAGUUAUCUGGACGUGUUCAAUCCCGAAAGUCUCAUUAUGCAUUUGUGCUAGAAAAGGAUUUUAGCUCUUUUUUCGCUCCAUAUAUUUGGGAGAUGUUGAGUUUAGGUUCGCAAUCUGUAAGUGUUAUGUAUGGUUUUAAUUUGCAGUUGAGUGGUUACCAUAUACCACUUUACUUUACUUUACCUGUGAUUAUUUGCGAAUGUUAGAUGCAAAAGACUGAGGCUACUCAUUGUAUGCUACUUAUCGAGUGCUGAUUUAGUACUGUUUUAUGUGAAAAUAUCUUCUAAUAACUGUUAGUGAACGACUGACAGAUUAUUCAUUCAAUUAGUGGUCAUUUUUUCUAAAGAUUCAUGCCUUUACCUCGGUCACUAUCUGAAUUUAUGUUGUUCUAAAUGUUUUUUUCUCUUCUUUUUUGUAGACAUAUUCUGAGUCUCGGGGACAUAAUUUUACACUCAAUGCAAGUUUUGAUGAGAUUGAUGUGAGCAAAUAUGAUGCUAUACUGAUCCCAGGAGGGCGUGCGCCAGAAUACCUAGCCAUGGACAAUUCAGUUUUGGAUGUUGUACGGAAAUUUUCCGAGUCUGUGAAGCCAAUCGCUUCUAUUAGCCAUGGACAGUUGGUUUUGGCGGCUGCAGAUCUCGUGAAAGGCCGGAAAUGCACAGCAUACCAGUCUGUAAAGCCUGUGGUAGUUGCUGCGGGGUCUCACUGGAUUGAGUCUGAUACAACGGCUAAAUGUGUUAAGGACGGUAACAUCAUUACUGGAGUAACAUAUAAAGGACAUCCUGAGUUUAUUCGGCUUUUUGUGGAAGCAUUAGGUGGGACCAUAACAGGCGCCGAUAAAAGGGUCCUGUUUCUUUGUGGGGUACGCACCUUUUCACUUCCAUACACUUAUAUGUUGCCAUGCUUGACAGAAUUUGUCGUCUAUCCCUUUCUCCCUAGAUUUCAGUUCUGCAGUGAUUAACAGACCUUUUCCUACCUUUAAUUAAUGCGAGUUGGCAUUGCUGAAUGAAGUAUAUUAUGCGAAGGCAAACAGUAAACUGAUAAGUUAGUAACCACACAUUUAAGGUGAUUAACCUUUCUGUUCAAUAUGGCGUCAUUAAAAGAACUUGGAACUGAAAGGAUGUUUCGAAUAGAUUCAGAGAUUUGCGUUCCGUAAAGCUUUGUCUUCCCCUACCCCUCCUGGCAGAACUUGUCGGAGUCGGCACUUGAGAUCAACUUUGUUUUAUAUUUCCUUUGUCCUAGCGCUUAGGCCUGGCCCCCGAUUCAUCGCCGGUAUAUUUUCUGCCCUGGUGGACAAAGAAUCGAGAGUCUUGCUUAAUUGGCACUCCUACGUAAUUCCUCGGUGACUGUAACUUGAAAUGCUCCUCGGUUGUCGAUCACAGUUUUAUUCUUGGGAAUCAGUCAGGGCAUGAUGAUGUUCUUUUCUAGCCAGAUGCAGUAGAGAACCGAAGUUUGUGGGAGUUCCUUCCUCACUCUCGACAUCUUGUGAAUAGCCACUAUGUCAAUCCUCUAUUUGAUCUAAUGCUACCCGAAACUCGUUCUCUCUCAGGAUUUCAUGGAGGACUACGAGGUGAUGGUCCCAUUUCAAGCUCUCCAAGCAAUCGGUUGCCAAGUCGACGCAGUUUGCCCCAACAAGAGGGCGGGUGAAACCUGCCCGACGGCCAUUCACGACUUCGAAGGCGACCAGACGUACAGUGAAAAGCCCGGCCACGACUUCACCCUCAACGCAACCUUCGAGGGUCUGGACGCAGCAAGCUACGACGGGCUCGUCAUCCCCGGUGGCCGAGCCCCAGAAUACCUCGCCCUGGAUGAGAGAGUCACCGCCAUAGCCAAGGACUUCAUGGAAAGAGGAAAGCCAGUUGCCUCCAUCUGCCACGGACAGCAGAUCCUAGCUGCUGCCGGCGCCCUCAAGGUGACCAUCCUCCACAUAAUUACUACUUUUGAAGAAUCAUGAAUCAAAUACCAACUCUGUAUUCGGAUUUGGGUUCCCAUCGCAGGGGAAGAAAUGCACAGCCUACCCUGCGGUCAAGCUCAACGUGGUUCUGGGAGGGGGAGCCUGGCUGGAGCCCGAGCCCAUCCACCGUUGCUUCACCGACGGAAAUCUGGUGACCGGAGCGGCCUGGCCAGGUCAUCCGGAGUUCAUCUCCCAGUUCAUAGAGUUACUAGGUGUCAAGGUAUUAUUCUAA